AUGGACGACUUUCUCUCCACCCCAGACAGCUUCCGCGCCACAAGGCCUGCAUACAAGAAGGCGGCCGCCUCCCCAGGAGCGGAGAGUGGCGCGGAUUCAGAGCCCAGCUCAGCUGGGGAAGCCCUAUCGCAGAUAACAGAACUGGCGGCCAUCUCGGCCAACAUGUUUACCAAAAGUGAUAACGCCGCCAUGGUCUCGGAGCUGAGGGCGGCGAUACGAGAAGAGAUCUUGGAGGUUCGCAGGGACCUCACGGCCCUUGAACAACGGGUCUCAGAGCUUGAAAAUGAAAACCUACAAGCCAUCCAGCAUUCCCAGGCCGCAGACCAUGCCACAGCCAGGCAAGGUUCAGUGCUACUGGACCUCAGCAGACAGGUGGAGGAUCUAGACAAUCGAUAA